UCUGCAGCAGCAUUGAACUCGCACAGAAAAGGAGAGGCCAACAAAAGAAAAGAAAAAAAAAAAAGAGGCAAACUGAAGAAUGCUUUUCUGAAGGACCUCCUAUCACUAGAGUUGAGUUUGUAUGUACAUUAAUCGUUAACUGAUUCAUGAUAUAGUGAGGAGUGCUGGUGAAGAGGAGGAGGAGGAGUGGUCAGGAUCGGAGAUCAUUAAGCACUUUGAGAAAGACGUCGCCCUGAACGCAGCACGGCAGCACCGCAGCCAGGAGGACCAGAAGUGCGUUUAGCCUCCGAAAGUUGCGUCGAUCUGGAUAUGAUUUGGGUCUGAUUUGCUGCUCAGCUGCCCGGAGAGGACUGCGGAGGGGCUCAACGCCGCAUUGUGGCAACCGACACCCUCGAUUCCUGCCCGAGGACUGCACAAGCCGCUCGCUGCAAAAUGUCAUCUCAGGCCAAAGUCAAGAAGGACAAAGAGAUUAUUGCCGAAUAUGAGACCCAAGUGAAAGAGAUUCGUAACCAGCUAGUGGAGCAGUUCCGAUGUCUGGAGCAGCAGUCCGAGUCCCGGCUGCAGCUGCUGCAGGACCUGCAAGAGUUCUUUCGCCGAAAGGCCGAACUCCAGCUAGAGUAUUCCCGAGGGCUGGAUAAGCUGGCUGAGCGCUACUCCUCCAAGAUCCGCAGCUCCAGAGAACACCAGCAUUUCAAGAAAGACCAAAAUCUAAUCUCCACUGUGAACUGCUGGUAUUUGGUUUUGGACCAGACCCGGCGAGAGAGCCGAGACCACGCCACUCUCAGCGACAUCUACAACAACAACGUCAUUGUCCGCUUGGCACACGUAGGCGAGGAUGUCACCAGACUCUUCAAAAAGAGUAAAGACAUCGGGGUCCAGAUGCAUGAAGAGUUAGUGAAAGUCACCAAUGAACUCUACACAGUGAUGAAGACAUACCACAUGUACCACAGUGAGAGUCUGAGUGCUGAGAGCAAGCUGAAGGAGGCAGAAAAACAGGAAGAGAAGCACAUUGGCAAGGUGAAUGACAUCAGCGGCGGUCUGUUGCGUCACAGUCAUGAUGAGCGUCCCCAGCGAAGAAGUUCUGUCCGGAAGAUGGAAAAAAUGAAGGAAAAGAGACAGGCCAAGUACUUUGAAAAUAAGCUGAAGUGCACAAAGGCCCGGAACGACUAUCUUCUCAAUUUGGUAGCUACCAACGCCCUGGUGGCCAAAUAUUACAUACACGAUGUGUCGGACAUGAUAGAUUCUUGUGACUUGGGCUACCAUGCAAGCUUGGCACGCACCAUGAGGACUUAUCUGUCUGCUGAAUACAGUCUGGAAACCUCUCGCCACGAAGGUUUGGAUCUACUUGAAGGAGCCGUAGACGCCAUGGACAUUAGAGGGGACAAGCUAAGGUUUAUGGACACACACAGUCAGAUCUUCUGUCCUCCAGCACGCUUUGAUUACCAGCCACAUAUGGGGGAUGAGGUGUGUCAGGUUAGUGCACAGCAGCCUGUCCAGACAGAGCUCUUGAUGCGAUACCACCAGCUGCAGUCUCGCCUGGCCACACUGAAGAUAGAAAAUGAAGAGGUUAAGAAGACUCUUGAUGCCACCAUGCAGACCCUCCAGGACAUGCUAACUGUGGAGGACUUUGAUGUAUCAGAGGCCUUCCAGCACAGCCAAUCCACAGAGUCUGUCAAAUCGGCCUCCUCUGACUCCUACAUGAGCAAGGCAAACAUCACCAAAAGGCGAGCCAAUCAGCAAGAGACUGAGGGCUUCUACUUCACAAAAUACAAAGAAUACUUGAACGGCAGCAAUCUCAUUGUUAAACUGCAAGCUAAGCAUGAUCUUCUGAAGCAGACACUAGGAGAAGGGGAGAGGGCUGAAUAUGGAACAACAAGGCCCCCCACUCUUCCCCCUAAACCCCAGAGAAUGCGGAAGUGUAGACCUCGUUCCAUUUUUAACCGUAAGCUGUUUAACGGCAAUAUGGAGGCCUUCAUUCAGGAUUCAGGGCAGCCUAUACCAGUGGUGGUUGAGAGCUGCAUUCGAUACAUCAAUCUGUACGGUCUUCAGCAACAAGGCAUAUUUCGGGUUCCAGGAUCUCAGGUCGAAGUCAAUGACAUUAAGAAUGCAUUUGAAAGAGGAGAAGAUCCACUAGUGGACGAUCAGACGGAUCAUGACAUCAACUCUGUGGCAGGCGUCCUCAAGCUCUACUUCCGAGGGCUGGAAAACCCGCUUUUCCCCAAAGAACGUUUCCUCGACUUCAUCUCCACCACCAAACUUGAUUCUGGUGGUGAAAGAGCUCAUCAUCUCCAGCAGAUAAUUGUGACCCUACAGCGGCCUGUGAUCAUUGUCAUGAGAUACCUGUUUGCUUUUCUUAAUCAUCUUUCCCAAUAUAGCGACGAGAACAUGAUGGACCCCUACAAUCUGGCUAUCUGCUUCGGCCCCACGCUGAUGCCCAUACCUGAUGACCAGGACCCCGUGGCUUGUCAAGCACACGUUAAUGAGGUCAUCAAGACGAUCAUUAUCCACCACGAGGCCAUCUUUCCAAGCCAGCGGGAGUUAGAAGGACCAGUCUAUGAAAAAUGCAUGGCAGGAGGUGAAGAGUACUGUGAAAGCCCUCACAGUGAGCCAGGAGCUCUUGAUGAGAUCGACAACGGGACCGGGCCAAACACAAGUGAUGAAGAGUUUGAGCCAAUUGAGGCCAUUGCCAAGUUUGACUACGUGGGGCGAAGUUCGAGGGAGCUGUCCUUCAAGAAGGGGUCUCUGCUGCUGUACAUGAGAGCGUCUGAGGAUUGGUGGGAAGGCCGGCACAACGGUGUGGAUGGGCUGAUACCGCACCAAUACAUUGUAGUGCAAGACAUGGAUGAUGCUUUCUCAGACAGCAUUCAGAGGACAGAAAAUGAGACCAGCAGUGGAUCUCACUAUGAUGACAGGACGUCAUCAAGAAAUGAGCGCCAGUCUCCCUGUGACCAGGCUGCUGAGAACCGUUUUGGACCUGCGUUAGGAAGGGUAAGAGUGCGAUCAGACGGAGCCGCAGUUCCCCGCCACAGGAACAACGGUGCCGACAACCUCAGCCCCACCAGGGCUGCUGACCAGCCUCCCAGGGUAAUGGCGCGCCCCUGCAGCCCGCACAAGAUAGCCGUCAGCCGGGCCCAUGCCGACAGCCCGGAGAAGCGCCGCCUGACCACGUUCGGCAGCUCAGGCUCCAUCAACCACCCCGACAGGAAAGCAUUUGUUGAGAGUCACUCUCAACGAUCAUCACCGAGCACGACACGGCACGCCAGUUUAGGGGACCAUAAAGCUCUGGAGGCCGAGGCGCUCGCGGAGGACAUAGAGAAAACCAUGAAUACAGCUCUGCAUGAAUUGCGAGAGCUCGAGCGGCAGAAUGUAGCCAAACACGCCCCUGAUGUUGUCCUGGACACCCUGGAGCCCCUCAAGCACCCUGGCCCUGCCCAGGAAAUGUCUGCCAGCCCCCUGCACACCAUGGUGAUCAGGGACCCAGAUGCAGCCCAGCGACGAAGCAGCAGCAGCUCCUCCUCUGAGACCAUGACCACUUUCAAACCAGCUCUGUCGUCACGCAGACCGAGUGCUCCUCUAAGGCCCCCGCCGGUCAGGCCUGUGCGACCAGCUCCAGUGAUCGGACCUGGCCAGGGACCGCACCGCUCCAGCAGCUCCAGCUCUUCUGGUCUGGGCAGUCCAGGCAUCACCCCCACUGAAAGGGCGUUUCCUAAAGCACCCUCCCCAUCGCCGUCCACAUCCUCUUCAUCCUCCGACAAACAGGGUAACAUGUAGCUCCAAUCUACCAGCUGUCAAGAACAAUGUGGAUAAUGAACGAUAUCAGCACGGCCCUCCAGGUCGUCUUUACAUCAAUAACAAACAUCCAUUUUGUCCAAAUAUUUCCCCACUAAUCUUGUACGAGGUACGAUUGCUGCUUCUGGUUUCUGCUUACACCGCCUGGAAGCAAGUGACUGUACUGUUUAACAGUGAUUAUACUACACAGAAAUAGGAAUUAAAACUAUAAAAUGUACUUAAUAGACUCAUACAAAGCUGGAGUAAAGAGAUGCACUGGAGAAUAUUUCUGUUUACUGAGAUAUGAAACGUCUCGCUGAAACAAUAUUAGAUUACGAAGAUGCUGUGAGCUUGUGCUUUGUGUCUGGUUUCCUGCUCCAUUACCAUGAAACAUUUACGGGAAUACUACACCACUUACCAUGUAGACAUCCAGACUGAGCUGGGGGUCUUGUGUGAGAAUAGUUCCUUCAGAACCACUUAUGUUGAUGGAGAGAGGUUAAUGUUGAGAAAACUGUCCCACUUUGGAACAAUAUUGGAAGAUAACAUGACUGAAGGACGAUAUCCGCUGCCUCAAGGUGCAGUUCUUCUGAUGAACACAGAAUGUUGGUUCUGUGGGAAUUAAACCUGUCGCAUUUGCCUUGACAACAGCUUCAAAGCAUAUAGCAUUUGGAAAUUAUACACAUUCAGAUAUAUUUGUUACAAUUUUGAAAAAUCUGGGAAAUGCUGCAGAUCCUGGUGAAACUCAUGGCAGCACAAGGACUUGGCUGGCACUGACAGCCAUCUAAAGCACAAAUGGAACAAAAUGGCUCCACGCACUGUUGUGAUCCCAACCGGUGCUUUUAGUUUACAGUAUGAGAAUCAGCAGCAUCAAUACCAUUCAUCCACCUCAUUGUGCCAUUUUUUAAAAAAAUCCUGAUAUUUGAUAAACACAGUAUUUUGCAAAAGCUUUCAAACCCCUCGUACUUUUUCCACAUCUUCAUGUUACAACCACAAACCACAACGUUGUGUAAUUAUUGGGGAGAUUUUUUUUUUUAUUUUUAUGUUUUUGAAUAAACCAACACAAAGUUAUGCUUUAUUAUAAAGUGGAAGGAAACGUAUACAUGUUUUUCAGACUUGUAUACAAAUAAAAGGAUGAAAAGUGUUACAUAAAGUUGACUUGAAGUUAAAUCACUUUAGCUUCAAGUCAUUUUCUAUAAGUCUGUGCUUUCUUUGAACAUUCUUUCUUUGGAAAGCACUCAACUCAAUCACUUCAUCUGAGGCUAUAUGAACGGUAAAGUUAAAGUUUUUGAGUUUGCUAUACAUUAAAUGAAUUUCUAGCAAUACUUUGAAUGGAGCAUUCUUUCACGUAAAGAUAUAUUGAGUAUAAACAAUUGCAAUUUUCAAAAUUGGUGAUUCUGAAAGUUGUUUUUUACACUGGAUAUUAUUUUGGGAUAUCAGAGUAAAGGGAACAGAAUAGAAAAAUACACACUUUUCCGUGUUGGUUACUUAUAUCAUAUCCCAACUAAUUAGACAAAUUUGUGGUUGCAGUGUGGCAAAAAAACUUUUCUGGGGGUUAAAAUUACUUUUGUAGUGCACAUUGUAGUGAGUUUUGUAUGCUUCUUUUUUUUUUUUUUUAAGAAGACAAAAUUUAUCAUCUCAUCUUUACUUUAUUCUUCAUCUGUCAAUUUCAGAACUGUCCAGAGGGUGGCAGUAUAGACCAAGUUACAAUGGUGCACAAGACAUGAACCGUUUACAUUCUAGCUUUCAUGAUAUUUCUGUAACAUAAAGGAUGAAGUAAAGUUUACUUUGAUUCAAUAAACAAUUUCCUCAUCUCUUUUUACCACAUUAUUAGCUGUGUUACCUCUAAAACAAAUAAGAAACUUGCACAAUUCAGUUGACUGAAGCGCUAAUGAACUACAUGGAGCUGAGCUGUUUGUAGGUUCUGUGUCUCCACCCUGAAGCUGCACUAGAAACGAGCUUGUCCAGGUUGUAUUGGGUCUUUGGAGGCUGUUACUGUUGCUUUCUCUUGAUAUGUGUUACUUCCUCCUCCAGAGGGUCGAUCAACAUCUCUUUCAAGUAUAAAAGGUACAUGCGAUGGGAUGACUUAACUCCUACUGCUAAAUAUUGCUUGUAAAUAUAACAUUGUAUCAUAGGAACAGGAUAUAUACAGUAUAUAUGUACUAUGUGUAAUGUGUAGAUUUUUGUAAUUCUUAUCCUUGCACAGAUAUUACCUGAACAAUAAACUGAAAACAUCUCAAACAUUGA